AUGGAAGUAUUAAGUACAGCGGAUGUGAUAAGACCAAGAAUAAAAAGAAGCCGAAGUAUAUAUGAAAGGGAAGAAACUAAUCAAGAGAACAGCCAGAAUCAUCAUCAAAUAGUUCUUUAUGGAGGUUCAAUUAGAAAUCAUUCAUUAAAUUAUGCAUGGAAUGCUUAUUUUGAUAAGAAUAAAGUAAAAAAGAAUAUAAUGGUUUGUUGUGAUUUGAAUAAGAUAUGUAAUGAUAUAUUGAAAGGAGUGGAGAAUAAUAGUUUGACUAUUAAAACAUUUUCUUUUUUAUUAAUAGGUGUAUGUAAUAUAUAUAAAAAGAAGGUAUAUUUUAUUGGUCAAGAUUAUGACUUUUUGAAAAGGAAAAUAUUGUCUUUGUAUAAGAAUAAAGAAGAUAAUUUGAAUGAAUUAAUAAAUAAUAAAGAAACAAAAAAAAGGAAAGGUGGUGGUAAAGACAAUGUUGAAGAUAAUAAUAAUACUAAUAAUAAUACAAAUAAAAGAAGAAUGAGUCGUACUUCUCUUCAUAUAAAGAGAGGAUCUAUAGGAAUGAAUGAAUUAUUACCAUCUGUAAUUGAUGACUUUACAAGUAGGAGGUCUCGUUUUUCAUUAAAUGCUGAUGAAAUAAGUAUUGCUGGUACACAACAAAAUAGUUAUGAUAUAUUUAAUGAAAAUGAAAUUAAUAAUCAGAUGAUGUUAGAUAUGUCAGGAUAUAAUUAUGAUAAUAUGCAUGGAGAACAUGUUAUGGAACAAGUUUUAGAUGCUUCUUAUAUUUCAAGAAAUAGUAUUCCUUUAAACAAUUUAGAAGGAUUACAUUUUAAUAGAGCAUUAUCUGAAUCAUUUAAUCAUAUGGAUAAUAUAAAUUUGGAUAAUUCUAUAUUGAAUAAUAUGAUACCAAAGAAUAUGUUUUCUAAUAUUGAAGCUUCAAUGAAUGAAAAAAGUGUAAUGGGAGAUAUGAACAAUUUAGAAUUAAAUUCUUUACACAGAAGUGAGCUUUAUUCUCCUGUUAAUGAUAUAUACAAAAUUCAGGAUAAUAAUAAACAUAUUAAUGAUAACAAUAUAAAUCAUAUGAAUAAUAUUAAUAUAUCUCCUUUUUCGAAUAUAGCAGGAGCAAAUGAAUAUACAAAUGAUAAUGUUUAUAAUAAUAUACCUAAUGAGUUUUCAAAUAUGCAAAAUAUGAAUAGUUCAAAUUUUAUGGGAAAUUUUAAUAGUAUAAAUAAUUCUAUAAAUAACAGAAAUGAUUUAUAUAACUUAAAUCCAUUUAUGAGUAUGCAAUCAAUGAAUCACGAAAUGAAUAAUAGAAAUAAUUAUCCUUUUGAACCUCGUAUUACUAAUUAUGGUAAUAUAGAUGCUAGAAGUGAUGUAGUAGUAGGAAGUAUAUUUAGUCCUAUGAAAAAAAAAAAUGUCCCAAAAAAAAAUGAUUAUGAAAAUAUGUUAAAUUUUGAAACGUAUCAGAAUUUUGAUUAUUUUGAUCAAAAGGAUGAUGAUGCAUUUAUAAAAAAAUUGAAUACAUUGCUGGGCUUGGAUGAGACAGAGGAAAUUGUCUUAAAUGAAAAAAAUGAUGAUAAAAAUGAUGAUGAAAAUAAUGAUGAAAAUAAUAAGGAUACACAAAAGGUUAAUGAUACUAACAAUGUUGUGAAUAAUUCAAAUUCUUUAGCAAGUGAACAAAAUAAUCAACUAGCGUUACAUGAAAAAGAUAAAGGAAAAGAAAUUAUUGUUGAUGAACAAGAAAAUCAAAAUAUGAAAAAAAGAAAAUUAGAAAAACAUAUUAUUGAUAGAAAUUACAUAAUAAAAGAUUCUGUAAUAAAAAGUAUGUUUCGAGAUGAACGUGUAGAUUAUAAAUAUUUUUUAAUUGACACUAUAAAUAAUGAAAUAUAUGAAAAAAUAGAAAAAGAAUAUCCAGGUUAUCAAUGCUUCUUUUUACAAACUAGUAGUGAUAAAAUAAAACCAGUACAUAAAUUAGAAAUAAAUUUUGGCUAUGAAUCAUUUGAUCAUGAAAAGAAAAAGAAAGAAUUAGAAAAUUAUUUAAUAUCCUUAGGAAAUAAUAAAUCUAUAUUAUUUGAGAAUAAGAAUGUAAUUAUGGAUAAUUUUAAUAUCAAAAAGUGUUUAGAUAAUAUAGAUGAACACAUGAUGUAUUAUAAUGAAAAUGAUAGUUUAUCUAAUAAUUUUUUAUCCUUUGAAGAUAAUAAUGAAGAAUACAUAGAAGGUUAUGAUAAUAAUAUUCAUAAUGAUGAUAAAAAUAAAAAUGAUAAUGAUGAUGCAUAUGAUGAUAUGCAUUUUGAACAGGUAAGAGAAGAAAUCGGUGCAUUAGAUUUUAAUACUUCACAUAAUAUACAUGCUAAUGAUAGUAUAUUUAAUAAAGAUAGAUUCAGUAUAGAUCCUAUGUUAACUCAAAAUGAGCAACUUGAUUUAAAUUUGAAUGAUUUAAAUUUUAAAGAUGAUAUAGAAUCAAGAAUUAAUAUAGAAAGUCAAAUGUCUAAAAGUUUAAAUAUCUAUAAAGAUGGUGACAGUAUCACAGAAAAAAAUGAUAAUAUAACUAGUGAUAUAAAUUUUGUAAAUGACAAAUUAAAUUCUGAAUUUAAUUCGUCUCCUUUAAAUUUAUCUAUUUCAGAUAAUUAUGAUUUUUCAAAUAUAUUUAGUAAAGAUAAUCAAAGUUCUUUAUAUUCAAUAUUAGAAGAUAAAAAUAUAGAAAUAGAUAUAAACCUCAAUCAAGAUUUUGAUGUUAUUGCAAGAGAAUUAUUAGAAGUAUAUAAAAACCUAUCGAAAAAAAUCAAUUAUAUCUUUUUUGAUAUGAUAACUAGAAAUAGAAAAUCAAAAGAUGAAGUAUCUAUUUUAUUUUAUGUUACUUUACAUUUGGCAAAUUUAGGAUAUAUAUACGUAAUGCAAAAACCAAUAUUACCUGAACAAUUAAAUUAUUAUGAAGAGCAUUUUUCAAGACCUAUAUUAAUACAAUAUAUUGAGAAAAAAAAAAAUUGA